AUGCCAGCUGGGAGCUUCCACUCCUUCGCUUUAGCAUACCUUAAAAGCGAAGGAGUGAAGCUCCCAGCUGGCAUCGAUGAAGUGUACAGUAACGCCGAGUUCGCCUCGCGGGUAGUUUGUAAGAAGAGUCACCUGUUGCCGUCUGGAGAACAAGUCGAGCCCAUCAUCUUCACACCACUGAUGGGCCGGCAGCUGGUGGCAAUCCACUGA